AGAAGAAAUACGCGAUGAAUUUCGUUUUUGUGCUCUUACCUUGUCUGGUGGCCGCCGUGGCCGCCGCCCCUCAGUUCACUCGACCCAACCUUCCGGAUCGACCUUUCGUCCCCAUCCUGAGGGACGAGCGACAGGAUCUGGGCGACGGAGCCUUCAGCUACGUCUUCGAAGCCGCCAACGGAAUCCGCGAGUCCCGCGUGGGCAACCCCGGAUCCAAGGGCCAGACCAACAUGCAGGGAUCCUACAGGUUCCCCCUCGACGACGGCACCUUCGCCGAGGUUCGCUUCGUCGCCGACGAGUUCGGAUUCCGCGCCGAGUCCCCCCCCUCAUCCCCACCCACCCCUCCCCGCCCACGCCGUCGAGCAGAUUCGCGUCGCCGAGGAGCAGCGGCGUCGCGGGAUUCAAUUCUAAACAAGAUAUCAGAUCGCGAUGAAAGAAAAAUGGUAGAACCUAUUUCAGAAGAACCGUUUCUGUGUGGAUUAAACCAUAAAUAA